AAUCAGCGUAUGAUUGGCGCUCGGUUGCGUCUGAUGAAUUUAUUUUUUCCUUCAAUGAUGGAAAAGAUAUUAAUGGUGCAAAAAUUUCACACAACACUCAAAACGGAUCUACAAGACCACCGGUUACAACAGUUCAUGGUCCUUAUUUUCAUUAUGAUUUAUUUAUCAGUGACAAAUGUAACCAAAAUACCUUGAGCUGGUAUAAAUGUUGUAACUAUCAAAAUCAAAAUUUAUGGGUUAAUACACAUUUCGGCAUAUCCCCAUUAUUAGUAAAUAAAACACAACAUUUCAAAAUAGAUGAGUAUGAAGUAUUUCAAGUAUCGAAAAAAAAUCAUGUAAAAUAA